AUGAAGCCCUCACUCCCAGUCCCAAAUUCCAGCCUCUCCAUCUGGCAUCGCACCACGCGCGCAUUCCCUCACCUGCAUGCCAACCGUCUUGCCGACGUUCCAUCGAGAGCCAAGUAUCUUGUUAUCGGGUCUGGCAUCUCUGGUGCCCUGACGGCGUAUAAAUUAAUCGAAGCUGGCGCACAAGCCGAUGAGAUCCUGAUUCUGGAAGCUCGAGAAGCGGUGUCCGGGGCCACUGGGCGUAAUGCUGGCCACAUUCGACCGGAUGCCUUUCGCGGCUUUCUUGAUUACGCCGCAGUGCAUGGAUCCGAGCAAGCCCGAAAGAUCUUGGAGAACGAGCGAGUCGUAUUAGCACGAGUCCGUGAAUUUGUCAGUGCCAACAAUGUCGACUGUGACUUCAAGUACACCACCACCUUUGAGGUUUGUCUCUCGGAGGAAAUAGUCAAUCGUUCGGCGAAGGCUCUGGCAGCAUAUGAGGCUGCCGGGGCCGAUAUCUCGCACAUCAAGUUCUUUGAAGGCGAGGAGGCCAAAGAAAGGACUAGAGUUCGCACUGCGUUGUCUGCUUAUGAGUCACCAGCUGCAUCAAACCAUCCAGGUAAGCUAUGUCAGUGGAUCCUAUCCGAUGUGAUCAAAAAGGGAGUCAACCUGUGGACGCAUUGUCCCGCCACGCAAAUCGUGAAGAGCCGAAGAUCCACGACACAUCGAUGGGAUGUACACACUCCGCGAGGCAUCGUCGCGGCCGAGACCGUAAUUCACUGCACCAAUGCCUACGCAGCGUAUCUGGUGCCCGAGCUAGACCAGUUCAUCAGUCCUCGCCGGGCACAAGCCCACGCGUUCAUACCUCGGCGUUUGCUCUCUGGCAGCGAGACAUUGCAGCAUACAAUGGCCCUGCGAUACGGUCCGGAACAGUUCUUCUCCGUCAAUUCCUUGCUCAACGGCACAAUCCUACUCGGUGGGACGGGCACCAGGACAGGCUCUCCCGGCCAGGACGGUCAGCCCAUCGAUUUGGCCACCUUCGACGACACCGGAUAUAGUAGGCAUAUUGCUGGAAAUAGUACGAGAGAGUUUUUCGAGCUGUCACAGGAAUCCCAGACCAAGCCGCUCCGUCAUGGUGAGGGAUUGGACCACGUCUGGACGGGGAUCAUCGGCGUGACACCGGAUCGGAUUCCCCUGGUUGGGUCGAUUGAGGGCCUUGAGGGCCAGUGGGUCUGUGCGGGUUUCAACGGUCACGGUAUGGCGGGUAUCUUCACAUGUGCUCCUGGCCUGGUGAAGCUGAUCAAUGGGGGCUCGUGGGAGGAGACUGGACUGCCCGAGUGCUUUCAGUAUAGCAAAGCAAGGAUCGGCAAGUCCACCCAGCGUCAGGUUAAAAGCUCACUAUGA